AUGCCAGAGCAGAGCAACAGUCAAACAUCGGCGCCGCCGCACCAACGUAGCGAGUCAGAAGACUAUGCCGACGAAUUGCGCGAUGUCCCCACUGAAAUCGUUUCUUCAAACGCUCCGAAUAUCGCAGCCGUACAGGAUUUCAGCAACGGACAGACACGCAACAAUGGCGAUGUCAGCUUUGGUGCGAGCAGUCCCAUCAAUCCCACUGAAGAUCCAAGCACCGCACGGCGCUCCUCUGCAACCGGAGGCGCAUCUGGCGUUCAGCGUCGCUCGUCAACAUACUCGCUGCUGAGCGUCCAAGCAAACCCCACGGGCUUGGGAUCAACGGAUCAUGUGCGAUAUAGCUGGCAAUCCGUCGAAGACAGCGAACCGAGUCGGCCGCGGAUCCACGUCAUCAAACUAUUCUCAAACACUGUAACUGCUUCAGCUGGCUUUCCUCAGGGCGAGGCAUUUGGUUUCGCAAUGUCACCUUCAGGUCGCCGCAUUGCCGCAUACAACAGUGCUCGACUCUACAUCCUCCAGACAGCCGCCCUGCCGGUGGGCAUCAGCCAAGAUUACGCCCUCAAGAGACGGCCCCUGGCGGUUGAAAUCACAGACGAGACUUCCACCAUUGCCAUCCUAGCAGACGACCAUACAGUAAACAUAUACACGGCAGGCGCCCAGGGACUACGCCGAACCCGUACCAUCACACUCGAUUAUCCUUCGAACUGCAUCGCGCUGGCCCCGGCUGGCGGACUGCUCGCCGUAGCAUAUGAGGGCGGCGUGGAGAUCUUUUCGCUGGAUCCCAAUGCUCUACCCACCGAUCGCCGGGCCGUGCGUUCGACGCGAAUGGAUCGCCUGUCGUUCUCCGAGGAUGGAGCAAGUCUGCUAGGAACGACGACCAGGAUCAAUGUUUCGUCGACGGUGGUUGUGAAUGUGCCCAUCUUCCCGGCAGCGCCCAACGGUGUGCCGACUGCUGACGAAUUAAAAGAAGCAUGGUGUUCCGAAUUGCUCCACCCCGAGAACGUCCGGAAUAGCAGCCACGCGACUUUCCUACGCGAGGGUGGGACUACAUGCAACGAGCGACUUUUCGCCUGGAAUGGCGUCGUCGACACGUUCGGCAUCCUAAGCGUCAACAACCUCGAAUAUGGCAAUAUUGAUUUUCCAGUCGUCAUCUCCCCGCCACUAUCGACUUGCGGUGGGCUAGGUGCCGCGAUGAACAGCUGUCCUGCAGUCGACGAGGAUGGUGACACUGUUGCGAUGAUUGUCAACGACCGGACGGUACGACUGUAUAUCGUGCCACCCAAGGGGACGCCGGCUGCGGCUAAUAUCGAGGCCCACAGCAUCGAUCACGAGCUCGACGCAGGUUAUGGAUGCCCCUUUGCCGAUGUCAAAUGGGUGUACAAUCCUGUCUCAGCAGAAGGGUCUCUGCAAAGUCAGACCAGGAUCAAAGGACGACUACUCGUCACCAGCCCUGGAGGCAUCGUCGAGAACGGAAUGUCCGCUGAAGAGACCUUUGAGGACAUUGAAGGCGGUCGCAUCAUUCUCUUCGAUUUCGAUCCUCAAUUUGCCGGCCAGCCAGGAAAAACUUUCAACCUCACCCUCGGAAAGGGCACGCCGCAACUGCUCGACGAGGAGCCCGUGAGUGUAGCGGACCAAGUCGCAUUGGUGCGUCGACGAACCGUCAAUCAAAGCCGCAAGGGCAAUCUGAGCUCCAAGCCUGUAGCACUGGGUCGAUCUGCAACAACAUUGGGAAGUCGGCGACUAUCGCGACAAGACACGUCAGGUGAAGGCACUGACCGACAUUCUAUGAUCCACCGAUCAAGCAUGCUCUCCACCGGCAGCAUACAACCGGAACGUCGCCUCAGCCUUGUGGAUGUGGCGGAGGGCGAGGAGUUGCCUCUUGCUGUCGACGAACCAUAUGCUCAAUCUGCUCCUCGAUCUCACGUGUCUCUACAGCGAGCCGCGACCAACGCGCAGCGUCAUCGUUUCCAAGCUCUCGAAGAGCGGCAACAAGAGCACGUGACUGCGGACAGCACCGGUGGCUACCUCACCUUGCCUGAGUACACUGAAGAACCCAACGCGCCCCUCCCCAGUCGAUUCCGAGCCAUGGCAGGUCUCGAUCCGCCAGCAAUGUUCGACCCUCGUACUGCGGCAAUCGCCACGGUUCCAAGUGCGGACGCUGCAUCUCCCGCACCUUUAUCCCACGCUUCGGGUGCCGUGGACAUGGAUGCCAGCCUCGCCGAGGAUGCGGAGACGACGUUUGCUGACAUGGUCCGCACUAUGCCCUCGAGCGCCGCGGUCAAUACUGAACCACCGCCCUCGGCGACAUCGCAAAGUUUCGACUCACGAGCUAUGUCAGAGGAGACGCAGCGAUCCAGUUCUCGACAGCAUCUCCCUGUUGGCCCAUCCGGCAGCGGUCAAGAACCUGUCCUGUCGAAUCUGCCUCGCAGUCUCGCACGAGCAUAUGCCAACGCGCCGGUGGUAGAUCCUAUGCAUGCUGGGAAUGGCAUCACCUCGGCGGACUGGGACUCCGUCAGCCCCAUACAGGCACGCAGCACUUCACGCUCACAGUUCAGAAACCCGCAAAUCGACGAUCGCCGCCGGGAUGUCAUCUCGCCAAUGCAGUCCAGUCCGCAAUCGAGUCCGGUCGGUCCAGGACCCAGCAUUGCCUUCUGGCCUGAAACCGGAGGGAUCCCUCCAGGCUUUGGAAACUACGACAACGACAGUAGCAGCAAUGGCGCCUCCAUGCGCCGUCUCCCUCCCCACAUGCAAUCCUUCCGCCGCGCCGCCGCAGCCGCCGCCGCCAUCCAAGAUGCGAACGCACCCGGUGCGCCCCAAUCGCGCUACGAUCCCUCUUCCUCCCGCAUUCCCGCCCAACAACCACCCCCCCAAACCGCCCCCGCAAGUACCGCCACCCACCCCGUCACCGCCUGGCAUCCUCCCGCCCCGUCUGCGCCCAAGCCAUCCGCUCCCACCGGCAAACGCACCAAAUCCCGCCGCGCCAUCGUCUCGUCGUCUGGUGCCCCGCACGACUUGCCGCACCACCAUCACCGCCGGCACAGCAGCGGCGGCGGUGGCGGCGGCGGAGAACAGCAACCCGACCGCCACAACAUCAACGGCUCCGCCGCAUCGCCAACCGCCCCGCGCUCCUCCAAACGCACAGGCAUGUUCCGCCGGAACAAAACCACCCCCGACCUGCGGACAUUGACAUCGACCUCGACCAGCCGCCUGCCGAACAGCAGCAGCGGCCGCCGACGCGACGACGACGAUUACGACGACGACGGCAACAACUCGAUGAUGGAGACGCGGAGCACGGUCACCUGGCUUGCGAAACGCGACCGGAUGGGGGAGAAAUGUGCGCUUAUGUGA